UUUUUUUUUUUUUUUUUUUUUUCUUUUUGGAACCUCUGAGAGACGCGGCGCGCGCUUGGAGGCCCGCCGCGAGCCGCGCGCUGCUCUCCCUCCCUCUCCCUCGUCAGAGUGAAAAGCGGCGAAGCGGACGGAGGGACGGAGGCGCCGCAGGACGGACAGCGGCGGCGGCAGGAGCGGGAGCGGCUGCAGCACCGACCGGGAGCCUCUCAAGAUGUCGGCGGGGGCCGAACGGCGGCCGGAGAACCGGCGCAGGAGCCUGGAGGCCAUGAUGAGGAACCCGCGGGGCGCGCUCACCCUCGAGAGCCUGCUGGAUUCCAUGAAUGCCUUAGUCCUGGACUUGGACUUCCCUGCGCUGCGGAAAAACAAAAACAUUGAGACAUUUCUGAACAGAUAUGAGAAAGUAAUGGGUCAUGUACGGGAGUUGCAGAUGAAGUCGGAAGACUUUGAGAAGGUGAAGGUCAUCGGCAGGGGUGCCUUUGGUGAGGUGCAGCUGGUGCGGCAUAAAGCAUCACAGAAGGUGUAUGCCAUGAAGCUGCUCAGCAAAUUUGAGAUGAUCAAGCGCUCUGAUUCGGCAUUCUUCUGGGAGGAACGAGACAUCAUGGCCUUUGCUGACAGUCCCUGGGUUGUCCAGCUCUCCUGUGCCUUCCAAGAUGACCGCUACCUGUACAUGGUGAUGGAGUACAUGCCGGGGGGCGACCUGGUGAACCUCACCAGUACCUAUGAUGUCCCAGAGAAAUGGGCUAAGUUCUACACGGCAGAGGUGGUCCUGGCCCUGGACGCCAUCCACUCAAUGGGCUUCAUCCACCGUGACGUCAAGCCUGACAACAUGCUGCUGGACUGCUACGGACACCUGAAGCUGGCCGACUUUGGCACCUGCAUGAAGAUGGAUUCGACCGGGAUGGUGCGGUGUGAUACAGCCGUGGGAACCCCAGACUACAUUUCUCCUGAGGUUCUCAAGUCCCAGGGUGGUGACGGGUACUAUGGGCGCGAGUGUGACUGGUGGUCCGUGGGGGUCUUCAUCUUUGAGAUGCUAGUCGGUGAAACUCCGUUUUAUGCCGAUUCCCUUGUUGGAACAUACAGCAAGAUCAUGGAUCAUAAGAAUUCUCUAAACUUCCCGGACGAUGUGGAGAUAUCCAAGGAUGCCAAAGAUCUCAUCUGUGCCUUCUUAACAGACAGGGAGGUACGGCUGGGUCGCAGUGGCGUUGAGGAGAUCAAGCGGCACCCGUUCUUCCAGAAUGACCAGUGGACCUUUGACACCAUCCGAGAUACGGUUGCCCCUGUGGUUCCAGAGCUGACCAGUGACAUUGACUCCAGUAACUUUGACGAGAUUGAGGACGACAAGGGUGACGUGGAGACCUUUCCCAUGCCCAAGGCAUUUGUGGGGAACCAGCUCCCCUUCGUGGGUUUCACCUAUUUCAAAGAAGACCAGUUGUUAAGUGCCCCAAAUUCCACCACCCUGGAAAAUGAGCAUCGGACCGCCAUCAAGGGGGAGGACAGCGCAGCAUUUGCUCAGCUCCAGAAGAAGCUGCAUGUACUGGAGGAACAGCUCAACGGUGAGAUGCAGGCUAAGGACGAGUUGGAGAACAAGUGCAGAACCGCCACCAGCCGCCUGGAGAAGGUCUCCAAAGAAUUUGAGGAGGAGAUGAGCAGCAGGAAGAGCCUGGAGAGUGCACUGAGGCAGCUGGAGAGGGAGAAUGCACUCCUUCAGCAUAAGAGUGUGGAGAGCCAGAGGAAGGCUGAGAGCGAAGCUGAAAAGAAGCGCUCGCUGGAGAAUGAGGUGAACGGUCUGCGGGACCAGCUGGACGACAUGAAGAAGCGGAACCAGAACUCGCACAUCUUCAAUGAGAAGAACAUCCACCUGCAGAGACAGCUGGAUGAGGUGAACAUGCUGCUGCGGGCGGAGACGGAUGCUGCCGCCCGUCUGCGAAAGACGCAGGCGGAGAUGAACAAGCAGAUCCAGCAGUUGGAGUCCAACGGGCGUGAACUGCAAGACAAGUGCUGCUUGCUGGAGAACAGCAAGAUGAAGCUGGAGAAGGACUUCAUGAGCCUGCAGUCAGCGCUGGAGUCUGAGAAGAGGGACCGCAGCCAAGGGUCCGAGACCAUUUCUGACCUGCAAGGGCGCGUCUCUGGGCUGGAGGAUGAGCUUCGGCAGGUGAAGAGCUCUCUGUCCAAGGCUGAGAUGGAGAAGAGACAGUUGCAGGAGAAGCUCACAGAUCUGGAGAAGGAGAAGAGUAACAUGGAGAUCGAUAUGACAUACAAGCUAAAGGUCCUCCAGCAGGGGCUAGAACAGGAGGAAGCAGCACACAAGACCACAAAGGCGCGGCUCGCUGACAAGAACAAGAUCUACGAGUCCAUUGAGGGUGCCAAGUCGGAAGCCACGAAGGAGAUGGAGCAGAAGCUGCAGGAGGAACGAGCCUCCAAACUGCGGGUGGAGAACAAGCUGCUGGAGCUGGAGAAGCAAUGCUCCAUGCUAGACUGUGACUAUAAGCAGUCACAGCAGAAGCUGGAGGAGCUGCGCAGGCACAAGGAGAAGCUCACAGAGGAGGUGAGGGACCUGACCCUGAAGAUUGAGCAGGAGACCCAGAAACGCAGCCUAAUGCAGAAUGACCUUAAGGCGCAGAAGCAGCAGGUGAAUGCGCUGCGCAUGUCUGAGAAACAGCUGAAGCAGGAGGUGAACCACCUUCUGGAGAUCAAGCAGAGCCUGGAGAAGCAGAACCAGGAACUGCGCAAAGAGCGACAAGAUGCAGAUGGGCAGAUGAAGGAGCUGCAGGAUCAACUGGAGGCCGAGCAGUAUUUCUCUACGCUAUAUAAGACUCAGGUGCGUGAGCUGAAGGAGGAGUGUGAGGAAAAGAACAAGCUGUACAAGGACAUACAGCAGACGCUUCAGGAGCUGCAGGAAGAAAGGGACUCCUUGGCUGCCCAGCUGGAGAUCACGUUGACCAAGGCAGACUCGGAGCAGCUAGCUCGGUCUAUAGCUGAAGAGCAGUAUUCUGAUCUGGAGAAGGAGAAGAUCAUGAAGGAACUGGAGAUCAAGGAGAUGAUGGCAAGACACAAGCAGGAGCUUGCCGAAAAGGAUGUCACCAUUGGCUCUCUAGAAGAGGCAAACCGCACCUUGACGAAUGAUGUGGGAAUUCUGGCCAAUGAAAAAGAGGAGCUGAAUAACAAAUUGAAGGAGACACAGGAGCAGCUGCAGAAGAGCAAGGAGGAGGCGCUUCAGGUGGGCCAUGUGAAGCUGGCCUUUGAGAAGCAGCUGCAGUCUGAGAGGACACUCAAAACCCAGGCUGUGAACAAGUUGGCGGAGAUCAUGAACAGGAAGGAGGUGCGUGGAGGUGGCAGUCGCCGAGGAAAUGACACAGAUGUACGAAGGAAGGAGAAGGAGAACAGGAAGCUUCAAUUGGAGCUCCGCUCAGAAAAGGAGAAACUCAACAGCACCAUCAUCAAGUACCAGCGUGAGAUCAACGAAAUGCAGGCGCAAAUUGCAGAAGAGAGCCAGGUGCGCAUCGAGCUGCAGAUGGCCCUGGACAGCAAGGACAGUGACAUUGAGCAGCUUCGUAGCCUGCUCAACUCGCUCAACGUCCACUCGCUCGACUCUGCGAGCAUGAGUAGUGGACCUGAAUUCGACGGAGAUGACACCUACCCAGUGCGUAUGACUCACUCCCAUACCUCGGAGUCCAUAUCCCUCACCUAUCAACAAACUUCCCACUCUGUCUGCGUGGACACCCGGCCCUGUCUCUCCUCAUCGUACUCUCCUUGCGGUUCUGAGGAGGACAAUUCAGAACCAGGGUCAGAGCCCACAUCUGAGUCCGAGUCAGAGCUUUGUGAUCCAUCAGAUCAUGAAAGUGCAGAGACCAGACUAGAAGGCUGGCUGUCACUUCCUGUGAGGAAUAAUACCAAGAAGUUUGGCUGGGAGAAGAAGUAUGUUGUAGUGAGCAGCAAGAAGAUCUUGUUUUACAACAGUGAACAAGAUAAAGAACAGUCCAACCCACACAUGGUCCUGGACAUCGAUAAGAUCUUCCAUGUGCGGCCAGUCACCCAGACAGAUGUGUACCGAGCAGAUGCCAAAGAGAUCCCCAGGAUAUUCCAGAUCCUGUAUGCCAACGAGGGUGAGAGCAAGAAGGAGCAGGAGUUCCCUGUGGAGCCACUGCCCAUCGGAGAGAAGUCCACCUACAUCUGCCACAAGGGCCACGAGUUCAUCCCCACACUGUACCACUUCCCCACAAACUGUGAGGCCUGUACCAAGCCGCUGUGGAACAUGUUCAAACCCCCACCAGCACUGGAGUGUCGCCGCUGCCACAUCAAGUGCCACAAGGACCAUAUGGACAAGAAGGAGGAGGUUAUUGCCCCAUGCAGGGUGAACUACGAUGUGUCGACAGCAAAGAACCUGCUGGUUCUGGCCCAGUCCCAGGAGGAGCAGCAGAAGUGGGUUAGUCGGCUGGUAAAGAAGAUCCCUAAGAAGCCACCAGCACCAGAGCACUUUGCCCGCUCCUCUCCUCGCGCCUCCAUGAAGGUGCAGUCCAGCCAGUCCAUGAGGAGGCCGAGCCGUCAGAUGCCCCCCAACAAGCCCAGUGGUGGCCCCAUGCUCAGAAUCAUCCUUCACUGACCUUUGACCCCAUCAUUCUCAUAUUGUUGGUGGACAUUAACCACCUUUUUAUGUGGAGGUGCUGAAUCUACAGGGUGAUAGGUGUUUCUUCCUACCCCAGAAAGACUGAAAAUACAUCCAAAAAACGUGUUCACUCUGCAUAUUCAAAAUAGACCUGAAUGCACAAAUAUUAUUUUUGUAAUUCUUCUAGAAAGACCUCUUUCCUGUCCUGGUUUACAGCUCUUGGCUUCCACUUAUGAGUACUAGUCUUCAGUUCUGCGUCAAGCAGGUUCAGGUCGGACUUAUGGGGCUGCUGGUCGUGGAGACACGCCGAUGACGUUUCCUACUGUCGGCAUCACCUUCUCUCUCACUUGACUUUACUGGAGGAGGGGUGAUCUGUGAUGCUGAGAGCACAAACUGGUCCAGGGGCUCCUUAGCGGCCAUCCACAUAUCCUGGGCAGGGGGUGUCACUUCCGGAGGACCAGAGCAACAGGCCUGUGCUGGGGUUUUCACCUGUAUAGUCCACACGUCCCAAGUGUGCAUCACUUCUACAUGCAAACACUACAUGAUCGGUGAGGGGCAACUGCUGUCACCGAAGCAGCUAUUGCACACAGAAGCCUGUGCAGACAGGCCCUGCUCAUCUCUGCAGGUUUUACCAUAGGCAUUCCCAACAGGAGCCCUUUCAGAGCGAUGCCGCUGUGAAGAAGUACAAGUAGCCCGUUCUUUAGCGCCAUCUGCUCCGUGCGAGGUGGGGGAGGGUGCCCGAGACAGGCGGGAUUCGCUCCAGGCGUGGCUUGCUUCGCCUCGCAGAGGGACACUGUCUGUGCACCGCUGUUAUGCAUCAGUAUCAUCCCAGCCUACGAAUGUAAUCCUGGAGCAGCCAGUACCACGACGAGAGCAUUACGUCACAGGAUGAUGUACAUUUGCAAACCCACGACAGAGAAUAUGAGAACACGUACAUGAGGGGUGUUAACUGCUGGACGGCCACAUCUGUGCACCUCCUAGUCCAGACUCUCUACUUAAGUGGCUCCAUUUUUUUCUUAAUACAUUUGGACAUUUAAAAAUAACACUGCAGUUAUAGAAAUACAUACAGUUCCAGUGCACCUGCAGGGGGGAAAAAAUACCACGAUCCAAGAAGCUGAACACUAGCAUGGAUGAAGCCCUCCAGCAAGCGCGACACCUGUGUUUCACCAUCGUCUGUAGUCGUUAGGAGUGCGCGUCGUGUGCUGAUACUGCCUCACCAAGUGCUGUUACAGACCCACCCGUGGUUUGUCUACUCAUCAAGAAUGUGUUUUUAUUCUUAUUCCUGAGCAAAGCGAGAAGAUACUGAAAGGCUGUGAUAGUUUUUUUUUAAUAAAG